GAGAGGCCAAUGGAUCCACAUGUUGAGCUUUGCUCUGAGUGUGAGCAUCAUAUGGACUUCACCCGUGAUUCAUGAGCCAGAAGACGUGCACUAUGCUGAGGUCUACUUGAGGAAAUUCUAUCAGAUGCCACUGAGUGGGAAACCUCGAAGCCCAAGAGGCUUGAGCAGCCUAGACGUGAAUUUAAGGAAGAUGCAGAAUUUUUUUGGUCUGAAGGAGACUGGGCACCUCACCCCAGAGACCCUCCUGGUAAUGAAAGAACCUCGGUGUGGGGUCCCUGACGUGGAGAACUUCAGCUUUUAUCCUGGUCGACCUAAGUGGAGGAAUCAUACAGUCACAUACAAGAUUGCAAAAUACACCACCAAUCUACGUAAGGAAGAAGUGGAGCACUCAGUACAUGUGGCCUUGAAAAUAUGGAGUGAUGCAGCAGACCUGAACUUCAUCAAAGUGGACCAGGACAAAGCAGACAUAGUCAUCUCUUUUGCAUCCAAAGUUCAUGGAGACUUCUUCCCCUUCGAUGGCCCUAAGGGUGUGCUGGCUCAUGCCUUUGAGCCUGGAGACGACAUGGGUGGAGAUGUCCACUUUGAUGAUGAUGAAAUUUGGACUGUGGAUCACAGUAAACCAGGCUUCAAUCUGGUUACUGUGGCUGCCCAUGAGCUUGGUCACUCACUCGGCCUGUCACACUCGAGAGACCCCUCUGCCCUCAUGCAUCCUAAAUAUAAAAAGCUUUCUUUAGUCAGCCCCAGACUGCCAAGAGAUGACACACUGGCAAUUCAGAUACUCUAUGGAAAACGCAUCAAGAAACCGGUAACACCAACCAUCCCUAAAAAGUGCCAUCCCAAUUCUUCUUUUGAUGCCGUGGCUAUGCUUGGGAAUGACAUUCUUUUCUUCAAGGGCAGUUACAUGUGGCUGAGGACAAGGUGGAUGAGGCACUGGAGCAGAGUUAGAGAGGGCUUCAUCAGAACAUUCCUCCCCAGUGUGCCAUCCUCUGUGGACGCUGCUUAUAACAUCCCACAAACUGGUGGCACCAUCGUCUUCACAGGUCUUAAAUACUGGAUGGUUCAGAAGCUGAAGAGGAAAAGUCAUGGCAGCUCAAUCUAUGAUUAUGGAUUCCCUACAACAGUGAAGAAAAUAGAUGCUGCUGUUCAUUUGACAGAAUACAGGAAAACAUAUUUUUUUACAGGAACUGUUUAUUACAGAUAUGAUGAAGCUCGGGGUACAAUGGAUUCUGGAUUUCCCCGAAAAAUACAGCAUGGUUGGCCAGGUAUUGGGGAUAAAGUAGAUGCAGCCAUUCAAUUCAGAGAGGGAAGCAUUACUUUUUUCUCUGGGCCAAAGGCAUAUCAUUUUGAUUAUAUAGAGGGAAGAGUUAUUUACACUAUCAAAGCAAAUGUAUGGCUUGGCUGCUGAACGUAUCCAGAUAGAAAAAUCACUAUUUAUUUUUGUUGCCAGAAGUGGUUACUGAUUAUUUAUUUAUCUAGCUUACCUAC